AAAAUCGAAAAUGGGAAGAUCAUCUAGAAAAAUGUCUCUCGAGGAGUACUUUGAUUUCUUUGAAUCUCGCAACGAUACUCCACUCUCUGUCUACAAUCUUAAUCAGAUCAUUGCUGUGCAUGGAUUCAGGCAUCUCUACAAAGCUCGGAAGCAGGCAAUGGUGGAUGCUGUGAACACGAUUGAGUUGAUCGAUCCGUGCCGUUCCACGCUGAGUCAAAACACCAAGUCGUGCGCCGGCAUGACGCUCAAACAAGUGAUCUCUGAUCUCAGGGACCUUAAUUGGCAAGAAUGCUGUGUCACUUCACUCGAAAACAUAAGUUCAUCCAACAGCAACUACUUAGCACAGGAGUCAGGCCUCCAGAAUGUGGAAUUACCGAAAUCAAAAUCACGAAAAAAAGGUUCAAAAUCGAAGACCGUUGAUGCUACUACUGAUAACAAUGAUGCAUUGUUCGAUGGAAAUUCAUUGUCGAACUCUUCUGUAAUUGGCGAAUGUCCGGGAAAGUUGGUGAAAAAGCGGAAGAGAAAACUGAAGGACAAAGCUGGCGGUGAUUCAGCUGCGUGUUCGUUUGGAUCCUGUUGAAUGGAAGUUUUUUGUUUUUUUGAGGACUUGGAAGUGUGGUGUUGGUACGUCUGUUAGUCCUUUCUGUGUGGUGUUUUUGUAUUCUUUUGUUGUUUUGGAGGGAGUCAUGGAGAGGGCGUUUCAAAAAGCAAGGGCAGCUUAGUCUUUUGACUUUCUAAGGGAAAGUCAGUUGCAUAUCAGUGAUUUCUGUCCGUUGAGUAGAAUUUGAGUGUCCGACUCCCAA